GUGAGUCUCCCCAUUGUUGGUCCUGUCCUCCUCACUCUGCCAGUCAUCCGCGGUUUUGUGUGGGAUGUCUCUUGACGUGAAAGUUAUUUACACGCCACCCUCCGUUGUCUGAACUUUCACCCUCCAUGUGCACCGUCCUCCAGCCAGUCGAAGGCCUGAAGCUAAAAGGUAGCAGACGGAGAAUCUGCAGACAAAAUGUCAGACAUAAUUGGAACAAUUGAAAUGAACCAGGUAUCGCGUUCACUUGAAGAAGGGAAAGGGCAAGCUCCUACUGCCGCAUGUGCCGAGAAUCCUGAACCAUUGGAGGCAGCUCCAGAAAAUUUGACCAAACGUCCAAGGCUGUCUAUCUGUCUGGAGCAGGAGGGAGUAGAUAAAUUAGAAGAAUUAGAGGAAUUAAAAGCGGCUACAGCUAUAGCCAACUUGGAAGCCCAAUCUCAGAAUAUCAACAGUGAUCUAAAGGAAAAGACAGAGCAAGAAGAGAGCUCUCAGAAUAUCAACACUGAUGUUAUAGCAAAGGUUUAUCAAGUUGAAAGCUCCGAGUCUGAUGACGAUGACGAAGAAGAAGACGACGAGGAGAGCGACGAGGAUGAGCAGGACGAGGAGAGUGAGGAUGAGGAAAAACUAGACAAGUUAGAAGCAUCGAAAAAGGAAGACGAGGACGUAAAUAACGAUAAGGACAAGGAACAGGACGCCGAAGACGAGGAUAGUGAGGACGAGGUCGACGAGGAUGAGCAGGACAAGGAGAGUGAGGACGAGGAGGAGGAAAAUGUAGAAAAGUUAGAAGCAUCGAAAAAGGAAGACGAGGACGUAAAUAACGAUAAGGAACAGAACGCCGAAGACGAGGAUAGUGAGGACGACGAUGACGACGACGACGAGGAUGAGCAGGACGAGGAUGCGGAGGACGAGGAGGAGGAAAAGGUAGACAAGCUAGAAGCAUCGAAAAAGGAAGACGAGGACGUAAAUAACGAUAAGGAACAGGACGCCGAAGACGAGGAUAGUGAGGACGAGGACGAUGACGAUGACGAUGACGACGACGACGAGGACGAUGACGACGAGGAUGAGCAGGACGAGGAAAAAGUAGACAAGCUAGAAGCAUCGAAAAAGGAAGACGAGGACGUAAAUAACGAUAAGGAACAGGACGCCGAAGACGAGGAUAGUGAGGACGAGGACGAUGACGACGGGGACGAUGACGACGAGGAUGAGCAGGACGAGGAUGCGGCGGACGAGAAAAAAAUAGACAAGCUAGAAGCAUCGAAAAAGGAAAACAAGGACGUAAAUACCGAUAAGGAACAGGACGCCGAAAACGAGGAUAGUGAGGACGACGAGGAUAAGCAGGACGAGGAGAGUGAGGACGAGGAGGAGGAUGAGGAUGCGGAGGAGGAGGAAAAAGUAGACAAGAUAGAAGCAUCGAAAGAGGAAGAUUCAGACACUGACUUGUAAUUCACGGAACCAAAGUCCAGACGCAACUACAAUUCUCAACACUUAAUGGUGCGCCGCUGUACCUCAGACUCAAAAACGAUCUCCAAAUCCAUUUAAAACUCAAUUUUAAAUUGUUUGCUAUUAGUUUUAACAAUAUUAGAACAAUAAAAAUAUACAUAAAUAAGUAUGUA